AAAGCAUCUUUUCGUGUAAAUAAAGUUUAAAUGAGGAAUUUACUGUAUUUUCCAGUGUGUGUACAGAACAGCUGCCUAUUUGCAUCUGAAAAUACCCAGCACGUUCCUUCACUGUUUUUCUAGAGAAAAGGCCUAGUGGCUUCUUGUGUUAGAACACACUGGAGUCUCAGCCAUCCUUAUGCUCUUCACCCCCUUUUCCCUCUUGUGUCCCACUGAGGGACCUCUCCAUUCUCUUAUGCUAAGAGAAUAGCAGCAGCAAAUGAUGUGUAGGGAGAAGUGGAUGGUGUGGAAUUUGAGUUGCCUGGGGUCUAAAAAUGAUAGCUAGCCUAAAUUCUCAAGGUCAAGGUGUAAUUUCAGACCAUGAAGGCCAGUGCUUAGGCUGAGUGUGCUGUCUCCCAGGGCUUUGGGGAUUGAGAAAGACUAAAAACUUUUUUACUCUACCUUCGUUUUUCCUGGCAGUUUAUAUGUGGUUCAGUAUUCUUCUCUAUGGCCUCUAUGAGGUUAGGGGACCAGCACAUGAGGCAGGAAAAGACUAUUCCAUUGUCUUGGCACCAGGCAGGGAAUCAUGUGAAAGGAAGGGCCUAAGAAAAAAAAAAAAAAUAGAGACAAUGUGACUGCUGACUCUCAACUAAAUAUAAAUGAACACAGUCAGCUUCGGUGCUGGGAACAGAACUGAAGUUCUGGCCUUCCUCACUUUGCUGCUGCCCCGGUACUGAUAGAGGCCAGGCUUGGGACACCUCAAGGCACAUUCUGUGGAGUCACCUUUGGAGUAGCAUCUCCCUCUCUGCAGGUGCAAGAGGAGUAUGCACCUGGGCAUAAACUGCAGCAUUACAAGGUGUACAGCACUGAUCUUUGUAGGCUGCUCUGCACUCUUCACCUUCCUCACUUUCAUUAACUUGAAUAUUUUGGACCUAUCUCAUAAUUUUUUGAAGUCAGCAAAUUUAGGGUUGCAGCAACAGUUGAAGAACCUUCGUGAGCUCAUGCUGGAUAGCAAUGAAAUCACUCAGUUAAGAAAGGAUGAUUUCAGUUUUCUUAGCAACACCUCAUUGAACAGUCUUGAUUUGUCAUCAAAUCCACUGAAAGAGUUUGACAUAGGAUGUUUACAUGCAAUUGGAAACCUGUUUGGCCUCAUACUGAACAAUGUUGACCUUGGUGAAAAUCUCACAAAGAAACUUUGCACAGAAUUAUCAAACACAGCGAUUCAGAACCUCUCACUGAGCCGUGUUAAACUUUCAUACAUUGGCAAGUCAACUUUCCAGGGAUUGCAUGGAACAAAUCUUACAGUUUUAAACCUUUCCCAAAAUUCUCUGUCUGUGAUAGAAGAUGACUCAUUUCAGUGGUUUUCAAGUUUACAAUACUUAAACCUGAAGCAUAAUAACAUUCAUGUAUCUUCACGUUUAUUUUAUGGAUUAUCCAGCCUCAAACAUCUGAAUCUGAUGAAUUCAGUUAAUGGGAAGAUUGAAGAUUUUUCCUUCUAUUGGUUACACCACCUUGAGUACCUUAUAAUGGAUAAUAACAAUUUUGCAGGAAUAACUCCUAAUAUGUUCACAGGUCUGAACAACCUGAAGUAUCUAAGUCUCUAUAACUGCAACAUAAACUUACAAAGAAUAACUAAUAAAACAUUUUCAUCACUUGCUAAUUCCAGUCUGCAGGUUCUCAAUCUCACAAAAACAAGAAUAUCUACAAUAGAAAGUGGGGCAUUUUCCUCCUUGGGACACCUAAAAAUUCUUGAUCUUGGUCUCAAUGAAAUUAGUCAAGAACUCAGAGGUCAUGAGUUUAAAGGUCUCAAUAAUAUACAAGAUAUUUAUCUUUCCUACAAUAAAAAAUUGGAUUUGCAAAGUGAAUCAUUUAUUUUUGUCCCAAGCCUUAGAAAACUGAUGAUGAGGAAGGUGGGCUGCAGUAAUCUGGCAUUUUCUCCUUCGCCUUUUCGUCCUCUACAAAAUAUGACUGUCCUGGAUAUCAGCAAUAACAAUAUAGCAAACAUGAAAGAAGACUUGUUUGAUGGACUUCACAAACUUUACAUUCUGGAUUUGCAGCACAAUAAUUUAGCCCGACUUUGGAAACAUGCAAAUCCAGGUGGCCCUGUUCUUUUUUUAAAAUAUCUUCCCAACUUGCAUGUUCUUAAUUUAAAAUCAAAUGGGCUUGAUGAGAUUCCAGUCCAGGUUUUCAAGGGUCUAUUUCAAUUAAAAAACUUGGACUUAGGAUCGAAUAAUUUGAAUUUGCUUCCAGCAACUCUGUUUGAUGACCAAGCCUCUCUGAACUCAUUGAACCUUCAAAAAAAUCUCAUAACCUCAGUUGAAGAAGAAGUGUUUGGCCCAGCUUUCAAGAGACUGAGAAUACUGGAGAUGGAUUCCAAUCCAUUUGAUUGCACCUGUGAAAGCAUUGCUUGGUUUGCUGAUUGGCUUAAUGGGACCCAAGCAUAUAUACCUGGAUUGCGGUCCCAGUACAUUUGCAACACACCCCCUAAAUACCACGGUAGCCUGGUGUUGCAUUUUGACAGCUCAGCCUGCAAAGACAGUGCUCCAUUUAAACUUCUGUUUGUGAUUACUACCACUAUUGUGACACUAUUCGUUUUUACUGUUCUUAUCAUCCAUUUUGAAGGGUGGAGAAUAGCUUUCUACUGGAAUAUUUUAGUAAGUCGAAUACUUGGUUUUGAAGAACUUGACAGACAACAAGAAGAGUUUGAUUAUGAUGCCUACAUCAUUCAUGCAAGACAGGACAAGAAUUGGGUGUCUAAGAAUUUCAUGUCUCUGGAAGAAAACUUUCGAAUUAGCUUUUGUUUAGAAGAACGGGACUUCGAAGCAGGCAUAUCUAAAAUUGAAGCCACAAUUAACAGUAUAAAAAUGAGCAGGAAGAUUAUUUUUGUUGUGACCGAACACCUCUUACAGGAUCCCUGGUGCAAAAAUUUUAAGGUGUAUCAUGCUCUUCAGCAAGCUAUUGAACAAAGUCGGGACUCCAUCAUAUUGAUCUUUUUUCAUGAUAUUGAAGAUUACAAGUUGUAUCAUGCACUUCACCUGAGAAGAGGAAUGUUCAGAUCUCGCUGCAUCUUGAACUGGCCAGCCCAGAAGGAACGAGUCGGUGCAUUUCAUCAGAAAUUAGUGAUGGCACUUAAAUCUAAUAGUAAAGUGCACUGAAUUUUUACAAUACAGAUUUGAGUUAUGGGGUCAUGUUAUUGCAUGUUUUCUAUCCUUGGAAAACUAACAAGCCUCCAAGAAGACCUGAAAAAGUUUGUCGUGCUGGAAAGAUAUGUAUGAGCCACUAUAAUUUAAAUUUACUUCUCUAUAUUCAUGUUUUUCUUAAUACUUUAAUUGACCUGCACUGAAGUGACAUCAUGGUUGAUUGUCGUUUCAGCCUGUGUAUCAACAAUGUGAUACAAAUUCUGAAAAGCAGUGAGAAUGGCUGAAGUUCUAGGGAAAAUGUCCAUCUGAUGCAGAGUAGCAAAGUCAUAGACUCUGUACUUUAAAGGGGUAUGCAAAAAACAACACAAUGAUAAAAUAGCAAGUUCUGUGCAGAAGGUAGAGUGGACACUGCUGCUUGCUUUCAUAAAACAAAGGGAGAUUCAGUAAAAUUAAAAUUUGAAAGCGUUCCUUCUGAAGCACAGUGAGUAACAUAGACAAAUAUUUCUGUAGUUGGAACCAAGAAAUAUAGCAGAGUUUCAAAUUGAGCUUUAAAGCUUUUGUUUUAAGAGAAAGCCGCUUGAUCCUGUGAGCAGCCUGGUCAGAACAUGCAUGAAAGAUUGUUUAUGCCUUCUGGCUGUGGCUAGUACUGGUGACAAUCAAAACCAAAUUUUCAGACUAAUGAGUCAACUGAUUUAAUCAAUGUGGUAUGAUUAAAAAAAAAAAAAAUAAAUUUACUCUUCCCUACUGAAAUUCAGAGAGCUGACAGAAGGACAUUCAUGCUAAGAGAUGUCACCUUCAUUCUUUGAAUGCAAGUAAAAUUAUAUGUGGGCCUUUAAAUAGAACUUGAAAUCAGUGUGAAACGUGGCCAAGGGCACGGCUGUAUAAACUGGGUAAAGGCAUAGGUAUUUCUGUAGCAUAACUAGAAUGACAACGAUGUGGGGAAGGUGGCGCUACUGCAAUUUUAUUACCAAAAACUUUGUUAGUGGUGAACCCUCGCCCCCUGCAAAAGAAAUAGUUUUAAACCUUAUCAGGAAUAUUACUGUGACUACAGGUAGAGAGGCAGAAAAACUUCAAAACUAGAUUAAUUUCAAAAUUUCUGUUUCCUUUUUCUUUAUGAUUGUAUAUAGUUUUGCCUUUGAUAUCUAAAAAGAAAAUUGUAAAGAAAUCAGAAUUCUGUAGUUUAAUUUCUUAUGUAGUAAUCUAGUUUGUUUUUUCCUUGACAUACUUUACAAAAACAUGGGCUAGUUGGCAAUUGCCAGAGCAUUAAGGUUCAAACACAUGGGUUAGUAUGUUCAGCUGGAGAGAGCUGAGCACCAGCCAAGUGUGCUCUGAAAGGAUGUUUCUGACGUUUGAGACUGGUUGUAAUUUUAUGGAGUAUUGAGCACAAUUUAUUGUAAAUCAGACACUGGACAGCCAUUUGUAUGUUUUUGUUAAUAUUUAAUUGCUGCGCCAAGGACCUUACAAAACACUUUUAGUAAGUGUGUGAUCCUUCAAUACUCAGGAAGAUAUUAAAUUGUCUUUCCCCCCCCAGCAUUUCCCUUAUUAACUUCAAUACCAGCAUUGUUCCAAGAAUGCUGUUUUACUUUUUUAGAAAACAGCUUUCAGACAGUUCAAUGCUUAACACUGUGAGCAGCUUUUCUCAUUAUUUUUGAUAUGCAUAGAUGAAAAACCUUGGGUUUUAAUAGGGUUGUAUGUCCCACGAUGAUAAAAAAUGUAAAUGAGAAAAAUAAUGAAAUAGAUUUUGCACACACCAGAAGAACGAAGGGUGUGUAGACUGUCUUCACUUGCUCUGCAAGUGAAAACAGAAGAGGCUUUGUUUACAGUUGAAGUGAUAAAUGAUGAUUCCCUAAUUACAGUAAUAGGAUUAUCCCCAUUGUGAUGCUUUCAUCUCAUCUUUCUGACCUUUUCAGAGGAAGUGACAAAUUCUUUCCUCAUGCUCAGGCCAUGAAAGGUGAGGAGGCAAGUUGGUAAGGAUGUCAUGCCAGGUACACACCAUGUCAGUUGUUCUUCCCUUUAUUUAAAGACUUGACAUGUGAACAGGUUCCUGUAUUUUCUAAAUCUGUAAUGACACACAGUAGCAGAAUUUCUUAUUCCACAUCAAUAUAAAUUGUUUAUAAAAUGUUAGCUGUUCACGUGGGUAUUAAAAAUUACACAAAGAUGCAGAGGAAGCAUGGAGAAAUGCUGAGGUCAAAUGUGAUACAAGAGGACAGACGAGAUGAUCAAAUGGUCUUUUCUGGCCCUAAUUGCCUGACAAAUGACAGCUUGGCUAAAUUCUAUAAAGAUUUUUCUUGUUACAAUAAAUGCCCCAAAGUCAGUUUCAGAACAGUGAAAAAAACGUUAUGAAUGCUUAGUUUUGUGAUAUAGCUAAGAAUACAAACUAGGAGUACUUGCUGAUGAGUGAAACUUAUUUUUAAAUGAUAAAACCAUGAUGAUGCAUUCUAGGCAGUUAUUUUAGUACCUACAUUCAGUUUAAAAUAUUUUACAACAGAAAAAAUAUUAUAAAGGCUCAUAAUGGGAAUUAGACUAAUGUUAAAAAAAAAGACAAAAGGAAUAAACACAGGGUCAAUGGUAACCAUCAAUUAUACUUGACGUAAAAUUUCUUAUCAUUUUUCCCUGUUUGUCUGAAGGUUACCUACUUCUGCUCUGCUCCUGUACAUUUGUCUGACAGUAUUAUUGAGAGUAAAUAAAUGGGCUUACCAUGA